CCCGAACGUAUGUCACGGAAUACCGUUAUUUGAAGACUGGCUUAACUCUUGUCGGCUUAGAAUUAUCCUGCCAGCUAAGCCACAAAUAGUGGUAUAAUCCCCUCAUCAACAUUAGGGGCAACGGUUCUGAUUGUUUCCAAAUCUUGAUCACGUCCUAUAAAUACUGUGCUCCACUCAAAGCACUCUGUCUCGUGAAGUGAAAGGCAUCAUCAUCAGAUAUCUACUUUGUUGCAACACUAUGGAGUUCGCCUGGCCUGCAUUUUCCGUUCCAGCCUGUUUGGGUUGUCCUCAGUGUCUAAUGUCAAGGCUAAUGGAAGGUAUAAAAAACUUGAGAUCGUACAUAUAUGAACUAAGUUUUAUUAUUCUUCCUUCUCAUACAUUUUCCUCGACUUUGGUGACGGUUACCACUCAACGGUCGUGCUCCAGCUGGGCGAGAGAAAUGUUCCCAUCUUUACACAAGAAAACCUAAUGUAUACCUUACUUAAACUUUAGUGCGUAAGUUAAGCGGUUAAAAUUAGUUCAAGGAUGUUCGUGGACAAACGAACAGUCCAAGUAGAAUUUCAUAUCCGCCUCGGACCAAGGCAGUUGAUAGAGCACUUGGAUGACUCUAUUUGGGUAAGAUGGAUAGAAUUGAUGGAAAUGAAACAUUCAAUUUCCACAGUGUUUAAAUGAAAACUUGUUCUCAAUUCCAAAAGUUUAAAACAUAAAUUUUAGCUGUAAAUCAGCGUUGCAGUGUACACAUGAUAAAGAGAAAGAAGCUCGUUCAGGGGUUUUGUAAACGAGGCAAAGCCUAAAAACUUUAACUUUUCUAUUGCUGUAUUAAUUUUUUUUUGUUUUUUAACAGGACCACCACGAAAGCAGCGGAGGGAGCGGACAACUUUCACAAAGUCUCAAUUAGAAGUUUUAGAUGAGCUGUUCGCCAAAACAAAGUAUCCUGACAUCUUCAUGAGAGAGGAAGUGGCCAUGAAAAUAAACCUCCCUGAGAGCAGGGUGCAGGUAAAUAACAGUCAUAUUCAUCAUAUAAAACCUUGGCCAACAGAAAAUAACAAAACAGAUCUUUUCCCCUUGAAUAUCAGCGAAGAUGCCGUCAAUUUUGGUUGAAGAGAUUUAACCUUUAGAAUUGGGUUACAGUCUGUUCGAAAGGGUUGGGUGUGCGGGAAAGAGUUUAAACAAAUAUUUCGAAACAUUUCAGACCAGUUUUUCUGAUACAUAGCAAUAUGUAUAUCUUUUGAGAUUUUGUCAUCGUUAAAGCCACAAUCAUGGUUGCAUAUACACCAUGGCACAUUCUAAAUGUUCAAUCCCGAAUGGGAUGGACGAAUCCACUACUUUUUAUAGGCAAUAUUUUUUAUGUGACAAUUCCUCACUCCAGGUUUCAUAUUCCUCUUUGGGAAUAUGAACAAGCAGCCAGAGAAUAUCAGAGGUCAUUAGCUAAAUGCUAUUAUCAACAAAUCCUAAUAUGAUAUUUAAAAUGUUUACUUUAGAAAAAAUUCGAAAAUUGCACUGAGUGGUAAUGGUAAUUGGAGUUUCGUCAUUUCAUUCGUCAUAAUAGAAUUUUGAAAAGUCCAUCACCUGCGGCGUCUAAUUUCCACAAACAGAUAAUCUUUUGCCAGAUGCAACAAUAUAAAUCAAAGGCAAAAAACCUCUUGUUCCUCCCCUCCCUUACGUCCAUUCUUGUGUGUGAAGAUGACGGAUAUGACCACAAAUUACCGUAACUUGUUGUCAAAGGCGUAACUCUAUCAACAAAACAAACCAGAUCAGACAGAACGGUUUUGGUAAAUGCCUUCAAUUAAUUAACGGCUAAUUUUCCAUAGCUUAACCCUUGGUUAGAUAAUUACUAUAAGCUUACUAAAUAGAGGUGUAAUCUUAUCAGAGAAUGUCACCAGCGGCGACAGAUGAGGUGGCCCCAUUCGGGCUAUGGACACAAUGUGCACGAAACUUGUUUUCUAGAAAAAGUUCGGCAUCUAAAAUAUUAUGAUGGCGCCUAAAUAAAUGGUAAAGAUAGUUUAGCAAUAAUGUUUAGUAUUUUAUUACUGUAAUGGUCUUAUAAUAGAAUAAAAUCAAAUAUUUCGAUAGCGUGAUUUAGUUUGUUUGUAUUCUUGCCCUUUGAGAAGUAGAUGUCGCACGAAUGAUAAUUUCACGCGAUUACAGGUUUAGAUGUUGCAAUAACCCGUGUUUAAUGUUCUUUCUCUCCCUACCCCUCUCUGUAGUCUAAUGAGCGUUGCUUUAAGGAUAAGUUUCUUUGUAGUUUUAACACAAAACUAAAAAAGAUGUUUACCUCAGUAAAAAAACGAAAAAAAGUUCUAUGCUUUCCUAAUUUAAGAGAAUACUGAACUUUCUUUCUGUUUAUUCACAGGUUUGGUUCAAAAAUAAACGAGCCAAAUGUCGCCAGCAAAACAAACAGUCAGCGGGAUCCCAAAACAAACCAGGUACGCUGAAGAGAAAAAUUCCCUCUCCACCCUUGCAAGAUCCAGUCAAGCCGGCAAAGAGAAACACGCCUCCGUCGCAAUCGGAUCAAUCAGUCAAAAAGUUGUCUCAUGAUUCGGUCGAUUCGUGGCCGCAACAAAGCAUGAAUACAGUGGAUCAGAACAUGAAAACAAUGUUAAAAAUUCAGAGGAGUGGGCUAUACCCGCCCUCAACUGCAGUCAAUGGCCACAGGGCCGCAUCGUCACCAAGUACGCUGCCGUCGCAGUUUUAUCCAAUCCACAAACCAGAUUUUCCGCCGUAUGCAAAAAACAUACAAAUGGCUAACUGGAUGGCCAUCAACCAUACUGUAAAACCUGGUUAUUUUGCACCUGCAAUGAUAUGAUUUGUAGCCCAUUAUUUCACAAAGAACAAAGUAAAAACAAUAUUUAUUUACUACAGUUAUUCUAAAUUGAUAAAUUGUGCAGGAACAUUCAGAACAUUAACUACGACAAUGUAAGUAGACGCUCUUCAUUGUGUUAGUGUGACAACUGAAGACUGAAGACUCAAAUGGACGGGACCGCAAUGUAACGAACUUAUAGAUCCUGAUUUAAAACUCAGUCUUAUAUUUCGACUAUUGUUAUAUAGCCCAAUCUGGAAAAAGCCAGUGUACAUGUUAUGUUGCGUAGUUGUUUUCUGAGUUAUGGUCUAGAUAUUAAGAGUGAUUACUAAUAAAGAAUUUUUACUAGUAUUUGUAAAUAUUCGUAUGUACCUCAAAUAAGAAAGAUAUGCUUAAGACUAUGGACUGACAUCGAAGAUCAUUUUGGGCGUAAAUAGGAUAAAUUGAAUUCUCCAGUGGCG